UUGUGGUUAUUUAUAGACGUUUGAGAGAGCUGCCUUGUGAUUGUAACCAGUUCUCGUAUUGGGAAAUCAUAUUGACUCACUGACCUGGUUUGACUAUAGUUGCACAGUUUUGUCUUGGUUUUGUGUGUAGGCCGAGCAGUGAGCUAAAUCAGGGACGUGGAAGGGUGAAAGCAGGCCAUGUCGCGGGUUCCCACACCCCCUCCCCCAGGGGAAAUGACAUCCGGACCUGUGGCAGAAAGCUGGUGUUAUACACAGGUGAAAGUCGUGAAGUUUUCUUACAUGUGGACGAUUAACAACUUCAGCUUCUGUCGGGAGGAGAUGGGAGAAGUCGUAAGGAGCUCGACCUUCUCCUCAGGCCCCAACGACAAGAUGAAAUGGUGUUUGCGAGUGAACCCAAAGGGACUGGAUGAUGAGAGUAAAGAUUAUCUCUCUCUGUACUUAUUGCUUGUCAGUUGCCCAAAAAGUGAAGUGAGAGCAAAGUUCAAGUUUUCUUUACUGAACGCCAAAAGAGAAGAAACUAAAGCCAUGGAAAGCCAAAGAGCCUACCGCUUCGUCCAGGGAAAAGACUGGGGCUUCAAGAAGUUCAUCAGGAGAGAUUUCUUGCUGGACGAAGCUAACGGACUUCUUCCUGACGACAAGCUCACUCUGUUCUGUGAGGUAAGUGUGGUCCAGGACUCUGUAAACAUCUCUGGCCAGUCGAACACAAACAUGCUGAAGGUUCCGGAGUGUCAGCUUUCUGACGACCUGGGUAACCUGUGGGAAGGCUCCAGGUUCACAGACUGCAGCUUGUUCGUGGGAGGGCAAGAGUUCAAAGCGCACAAAUCCAUACUGGCAGCGAGGUCGCCAGUAUUCAAUGCUAUGUUUGAACACAAAAUGGAGGAGAGUAAAAAAAACCGUGUGGACAUCAGCGAUGUGGAACCGGAUGUUUUUAGGGAAAUGAUGGUAUUUAUUUAUACUGGUAAAGCUCCUAACCUAGAGAAAAUGGCCGACAACCUGUUAGCUGCUGCAGACAAGUAUGCUCUGGAAAGAUUAAAGGUUUUAUGUGAGGAGGCUCUCUGUAACAGUUUAUCUGUAGAGAAUGUGGCUGACAUCCUCAUUCUGGCUGACCUGCACAGCGCAGAGCAGCUUAAAGCACAAGCCAUAGACUUCAUUAAUAGAUGCAGUGUUCUUAGACAGCUGGGCUGUAAAGAUGGGAAGAACUGGAAUAGCAAUCAUGCUGCAGACAUAAUGGAGACUGCAGGUUGGAAAGCGAUGAUUCAGUCCCAUCCUCACUUAGUGGCCGAGGCUUUCCGGGCUCUUGCUUCAGCCCAGUGCACCCCUUUCUAUCGGGCGAGUACUGGAAAAAGUGCAUCUGUGCAAGGAUUUCUGAAGUUGUACACCAAAAAUCUGCCGACAGUCUUGGAGUCGAAGGAAGAAAAAUACACAAGGGAGCAUUCUGGAAACUAA